AUGGUUAACUACUUGGAGAAAAACAAAACAUGCCUUGCAAUGAUAUUCGUACAGCUUGCCUAUGCAGGCAUGGCCUUGUUCUCUAAAGCAGCUAUAGCUAAAGGAAUGAACCCUUUUGUCUUUGUAGCGUAUCGCCAAGUAUUUGCCACUAUUACCUUGGCUCCAUUUGCCUUCUUCAUAGACAGGAAGAAAGCUGAUCCUGUAUCAUACAGGUUAAUGUGGAAAAUCUUCUUGAUUUCUUUGUUCGGGAUUACGUUGAGCUUGAAUCUCUAUUUGUAUGCUAUAAAUUUCGUCUCUGCAACAUUUGCUGCUGCCAGUGUAAACACAAUACCUGUGCUUACUUUUGUGAUCGCCGCUACGUUAAGAAUUGAGAGCAUCUCCAUAAGGCAUUCUUAUGGGAUUGCCAAGGUAGUAGGUUCAGUGAUUGGUCUUUCUGGGGCAAUGGUGUUUGCAUUUGUUAAAGGGCCUCAAGUGAAUUUCAUGAACUGGUUCACACCAAACCAAAAAACAAUUCCAAACAUGAAUUUGAGUUCCAAGGACUGGGUGAAAGGCUGUCUACUCAUGCUCUUGGCCAACUUCGCUUGGGCUUCAUGGCUCGUCAUGCAGGCCCCUCUGAUGAAACAAUAUCCGGCAAAAAUCCGUCUCACCGCGCUGCAGUGUUUCUUUAGCUGCCUACAAUCCUUAGUUUUGGCCAUGGCAAUGGAGAGGGACAUAUCAUCAUGGAAGCUUGGAUGGGAUUUGAAUCUUCUUUCAGUGGCCUAUUGUGGUAUAGUGGUGACCGGUGUGACAUAUUGGUUACAAAUUUGGGCCGUGGAGAAAAAAGGUCCCCUUUUCGCUGCUGCAUUCACUCCAUUGGCACUGAUUAUUACUGCUAUAAUCUCAAUGUUCUUGUGGAAGGAGAUACUCCAUUUGGGAAGCAUUUGCGGGGGCUUAUUACUGGCAGGAGGGCUUUACUGCGUCCUAUGGGGGAAGGACAAAGAGAUAAAAGAAGAGGCAAUCAGAGAGCAAUCUGAUUUUAAAGAGGAAAUAAUUGUGUAA